GCAAAGAGAUUCAAAAUCACAUGGAGUGUCACAGAGUGUUAAUCAUUUUAUGUUAACAUCAUGUAAUGUUCAUGUUUUCAUUGUGUUAUAAGUUCCCAUCAGUGUCCCAGUGGCUCUGGGUGUCCUGGCUGUAGUUGCAGCUGUCAUCGUGGGUGUUGGAGUUUACUUCAGAAGCUAUUUUAAGAAAGUCCCACAGGUGGAUGUGGAUUCGGGGGUGGAGUCUGUUCAGCUGCCCUUUAUAACCACAGUUUACCGACGUGAAGAUGUAACUGUAGAGUGGACUGACAGCUCCAACAGGAUAGUGCACGUGUUUAAAAACGGCUCUGACCACCUUGAAAAACAGCACUGGUUUUACAGAAAUCGAACAAUGAUGAGGAAAAACCUGCAGAUAGAUGUGGACCUCAGCCUGACUCUGAAAUACCCGACAAACAGAGACGCACUCACCUACACCUGCACCGUCUACAGGGGGGAAAACAUCCUGAAGAAGAAACAAGUGAAGCUCUAUGUCAGAGUCCCCCUGGUGGAGGUGGAGCAGGGGGUCGAGUCUGUACAGCUGCCCUGCAAAACCAAACUUCACCUGCUUAAAGACAGUAAAGUGGAGUGGACCUGCAUUUACAUCCGGACCACAAAGGUCCACGUGAAUGAGAACGGCUCUGACCAGCCUGAAGAACAAGACCACUUUUACAGAGACCGAACGAAGAUGAAUGAAGACCUGCUGAGAACUGGAGACCUCAGUCUGACCCUGAGAUACCCCACAGACAGAGACAACGAAGUCUACACCUGCACCGCCUACACCAGCGAGGGAAACAUCCUGCUGAAGAGAGAAGUGAAGCUGAAAGUCAGAGUCUGUCAGGUGGAGGUGGAGGAGGGGGCGGAGUCUGUCCAGCUGCCCUUCACAACCACAGAAAACCUGCCUGGAGAUGCUGAAGUGGAGUGGUGGCGCUAUGAACCUGAACCACCGAUGACUGUUCACAAAUAUCAUGCCGGCUCUGACCAGCCUGAUGCACGAGACCAGUUUUACAGAGAGCGAAACGAAAUGAGAGACGACUCACUGAAAACUGGAGACCUCAGUCUGACCCUGAAACUCCCCACAGACAGAGACAGUGGAAAGUACAUCUGCAGAGUUGAGGGGAAAGGGAUCAAGAGAAAGAAAACAGUUCUGCUGAGAGUGAUGAACUGUCUGCUGGAGGUGGGGGAGGGGGCGGAGUCUGUCCAGCUUUGUGUGGAGAUGCAUUGA